AUGAAAGCUUCAGCCCUACGGAGGGAAAUCAUUGGAAUCAAGCAGCAUAAAGGAGAAGCCUUUCACAUAUAUUGGGAGAGAUUCAAGAAACUUUGUGCACGUUGUCCCAAGCAUGGAAUUACUGAAUACCAACUCCUCCAAUACUUCAUUGAAGGCAUGACUCGAAUGGAAAGAUGGCUUUUUAAUGCCUCAAGUGGCGGGUCUUUACCCGAAAAAACUCCAACUGAAAUCUGCAACCUAAUAAAAAACAUGGCUGAAGACUCUAAGCAUUCAAGUCAUGAUGAAGAAUGGUACACAGUCGCACCCCGCGGUGUAAAAGAAUACCAAACUCCUCAAAUUGAAGCUCAAAUUUCUGAGCUUACAAAAGUGGUAAUGAUGCUAGCUAAAGAUAAUGGUAUGCAGCCCACACCUCGCCCUUGCGAUAUUUGCACUCAAGUGGGGCACCCAACCGACAUGUGCCCUCAACUUCAAGAGGAGGAUUAUGAAGAAGAAAAUGCCUUGGGAGGGCCGCCGUUUCAACCUCAAAAUUUUCAGCUAAGACAACCACAACCACCACCUCCACAAACCGAUUCAUCAAUCAUGUCGUUGGAGGAUAUUGUCAAAAUCCUUGGCACUAGCACUCAAAGCUUCCAACAAGAACCCAAGGCUAACAUAAAAAGCUUGGAGAAACAAGUGCCACAACUUGAUCAAUCCGUGAGUAGAAUGGAAUCACAAGGCAAGCUAUCAUCUCAAAUUGAGAAGAAACCACAGCACAAUGCAUGUGCCAUCACUUUGAGAGGUGGAAAAGAUAUGAAGGCCCAAGAAAUCCGAAUGGAGAAGAGGAAGAAAUGA